GCUGAGCGUGGUGGCGAGUGGCGGCGAGGGAGGCCAUGGAUCAGGGCUACGGGUGUUUAGGAGCCACCUGUGGCCUACCCUUGCUCUACAGAAAAUGCACAGGAAAGUUUAAAGACAUUGGUGAUUCAAGAAGUCAAAGAUUCAGGAGUCCAGUUGUACAGACUAUUUGAGAUUGCAAUCAUAUGCACACAAAUCUAGGAAUAAGCUUUGCUGAAUUCAGUGGGACUUGCUUCCAGGUAAACCAGGUUAUGGCUCUUGGGGUACUGAUACCAGCAAUACUCAAGGCGCUUAUGCCACAGAUCCUGCAAGUUGGCAAGGAUAUGAAGGCUAUGAUUAUUAUGGUGCUCAAACUGGCAAUUCUGCUACAGCCCCUGCUUACAACUAUGAUGCUUCUGCUGUUGCCGCAACCACUUGGGACACUUCAAAAACUACCAACAUGUCAAUGAGUACUGAUAUGGGCACUAGUAUGCCAGUUGUCAAUUACAAUACUGGAGCAGUGGGCACAGAAAACUCCGACUCAAUUAUAGCAAAAAUAAACCAGCGUCUGGAUAUGCUGUCAAAGGAAAGCAGUGGCGGUGCUGGGGAAAGCAUGGAAGAUCAGGGAAGCUCUUUCAGAUUUGAGUCUUUUGAGUCCUAUGAUUCACGCGCCUCAGUGCCUGAGCGUGACCUGUACAGAACUAACUAUGAAUAUAACGAAGUUGGAUCUGAUCGGAAUGAUUCAUUUGGAAGUCACUAUGAUGCUGCUGGUAACCGCAGAGAUCAACCCCGUAACAGAGGAAACAACUAUGGCUUUGUUAGAGGGAGAGUCCAGAAUCGAGGGCGUCCUAACACUUUCAGUCGCGACCGCUUCAUGCCAUCAAGUACAGAACGGCUAUCUACACGAUGGAAUGAGAUGAAUUACAUGGGUGGGAGGAAUAUGGGGGGGCCUGGGCCUAACAGGCUUCCAUCACUCUUUUCCCAAGCACUCAUGCCCGAGUAUAGAGAUUAUGGCGACUAUGGCGACUAUGGUGACUACAGAGACUAUGGCAACUAUGAAGAUUAUGAUUAUGGCAUGAUGGGAAUGCAGGGAAUGGGAACUGGAAGGUUUCCUGGGAACAUGCCUUAUGGCUUCAACAGAUCACGUGGCAGACCAAAGAGGAGAGCUUUCCGUGGUCGUCUAGGUGGGCGUUCAGAUAAUGAAGGUGGAUUUCGCAAGCGGAAACAGUCCCAGAGUGGAGAAGAACCAGACAGCAAACAAGCAAAGACAGAAAGUGAAAGGGAUGACUCUGACAAUGAUGAUGGCGAAGGAGAGGACAAAUCGGGGGAUGAUGGAGAUAAAGGUGAGCAUGAGGGAGGUAGUGAACCAAAAGCUACUGGUGAUGGCUGUGGUGAUGAUGAUGAUGAAGAAACAAAACAAAGAAAAGAGAAGCAGAGGCAAAGGGAUCGAAUGCGUGACCGUGCUAUGGACAGAAUCCAGUUUGCUUGCUCUGUAUGUAAAUUCCGAAGCUUUGAUGAUGAAGAAAUGGAAAAGCAUCUGCAAAGCAAAUUUCACAAAGAGGUUUUGCGCUACAUUGGGACCAAACUCCCUGACAAGACUGUAGAAUUCCUGCAGAAAUAUAUUGUAAACAGAAAUAAGAAGAUUGGGAAGCGCCGACAAGAACUGACUGAGAAAGAGGGCACAAAACCAAAGCCAGACCCUUUCAAGGGAAUUGGUCAGGAACACUUUUUUAAAAAGAUCGAAGCAGCUCACUGUAUUGCUUGUGACAUGCUAAUUCCUGCACAGCAGCAUCUUCUUCAGAGACACCUGAGGUCGAUUGAUCAUAACAGGAACCGCAGGAUGGCAGCUGAACAUUUCAAGAAGGCUAGUUUCCAUGUAGCUAAAAGUGUCCUUAAUAGCAAGCACAUAGUGAAAAUGCUAGAAAAGUACCUCAAGGGUGACGACCCAUUUACAGAUGAAAACAUUGACCAAGAUGUUGAUGAAUCUGAAGCCAUAGAGGGGGCAGAUUGUGAAACAGCUACUGAAAGUGCUACUGUAGAGCAGAAAGAGAAUACUGAGGAUGAAGUUGAAGCCACUGAAGUCAGUGAAACUUCUAAACCAGAAGGAGAUGAGAUUGCCUGCUCUACUGCAGGUUUUUCUAAAGAUGAACCUGUAGAGGAGGAGGAGCAACAGGCAGAAGAGAGAACAGAGGCAGUAGGAAUGACAGAAAAAUGCUCUACCCUUCCUCAAGGAAAUCCUGAAGAGAAUGCAGCAGAAGAACAAGUGGAGGAACAACAGCAUGUGGAGGCAGGAGAAGAGAAAUCCUCUGAAAUGGUAACAGCUGAAAACAAUGAUACCAAGGAGGAACCAGUUGUGGAAACAAGUCCAGAAUUGCCACAGGCAUUACCAUAUGAAUGAAUGUGUGAAGGUGAUUUGUCCUGCUUACUUGUAUAAUCUCCCUUGUCCAAUCAUACAUGUCUGUGCAUUGCUUCAGUGCUGCCAAUUUUGUUCUUAUUUUAAAGGAAGAGAUUUGAUCAUUCUGUUAUGAAAGCAGUGUUGUGCUUUAUUGUUGUGUAGAAAAUGGAAAUCUGCAAGUCUAUUAAACUUAGGUUAGAGAGCUCAGCAAGCUCUAAACUGAUAUGUUAUUGUAUUUUAGAAUGAAUAGCACAAUUUGAAAACAAAAUUGUUGAUCUUUCAGCUCCUAUCUACUGUUCAGUUUUUAGUACUGAAGAAAUACGACUUCAUUUGGAAACUAAAUUGACCUUCUUGUUCAUGAGGGAUAUAGAUAAGUCAAGUGUGUUUUUUUUCCUUACCUGUGACAAUGUUUGCUAGUUUAAGUUCUUAGAGAAACGCAUUUCCAUGAGGACUGUUAAGUUCAUUUAUCCAGUUUGCAGUAUUGCAUGAAAAAUAGGACCCACAACUAUACUAUUUUUAAAUACCAAGUUGAUUGUGUCACACUGGGCUCACUUCUGCUGGGUACUAUUUCACAUUUUCUGGAUAGCAAACUCCAAUUUGUAUAUUAUGCUGGUGAAGAGACAAGGCUCAAAGGAGAAAAGUUAUGGUAUCUCAAGUCCCAAUUUCUCCCUUCCCCCACAUCACAGUUACAGGAAUACCAUUCAGAGUAUAGAUGAGUACUGCCUUUGGAGCAGCAGAGAGGAACAAAAGCCAGCAAAAUAAGGAUGCAUUUGUUAGUGUUAUGAUUGAUGCUCAUAGCAUAAUGUUUUAAAGUGGUAUGAACAUACUAUUUCUUACUUUGAAUAGCUACAAAAUCAUUUAUCUUAGCAUUUGAAUAAAUUUCUGAAACUGCAAA